UUGAGAAAUCGUUAUCUGGUCUUUCAUGUAGGAUAAUUGCAAAACACUUGGGCGUUAGCAAAUCUUCUGUAUCUCGUAUUAUACAAUAUUUUCAAGAGUUUUGUUGUGUUGAAAAAGUUCCUUGUUUUAGGAAGACUGCGAUUGUUGGAUAUAGAUGA